AAAAAGAAGAAGUUUUCGUGUGUGCGGAUGGGAUGUCGCUGAAGGUGACGGGCGUUUACUUUUCGGCAUCGUCAGCCGGGCCAGGUCCGGGCAAAAUGAAAGCCACCAUCAGGGCAGCCCGUCAUCAUCCCCCACCGCCGUCGUCUUUGGCUCCUCAGCCCAUCCACUAUGUCCAUCACGGACAGCAACAGCAGUUGCCCAGCGCUGGCGGACGCAACGCCAACAACGGCAACAACAUGUCCAGCAGUCCGGCCGGCAACGACCAACAGUCUCCGGUCAAAUCGAACAAGAGCCGGAUCAUUUCGAACAAUCAGCACUAUUCGAAUAGUCACCAUCACUCGCACCUGCACUCGCAGUCUCUCGACUAUUUGCACCUCAAUUUCGAGGAGAAGCGUCAGAUCAUCGCCUCCUCCUUGUCUCUAGUCGACUUCCUACAUCACCCGCCCGUCAAAGUGAAAGGUCGCCAUUCUCACAGCAACGGGACACACGUCGGCGUCGGCGGGGUGACGGGCAUUGGCAGCGGUCAGCCCGUCCCGACGCCCAUCAACAGCUGGAACAACCUGCCACUGGAACGGAGCAAGUCCAAGUUCGCCUCGCUCUCCCGCCUCUUCAAACCGUGGAAAUGGCGCGUCCGGCGAAAAUCCGACAAGUUGGAGAGCGUCUCGCAGACGCUCGAAAGGAAAAUGUCGAUGAGAGCUCACCGCGACGAACUCAUUCAAAAGGGCAUUUUAUUGCCGGAUUUGGCUAAUGCGACAUCUCCGACCAACGCAUCCAACACACUUUCUACAAUUGCCGAAUCGAAACGAGACAAGGAGCGGACGAAGGAGGAGAGCCAUUCGUCGUCGAUUGACAGUGGCUAUCAGCCUUACUCGGGUGCUGGAUCGACGACGGCGUCCGGCAGCGAAGCGGCCAGUAGUAGGUGUUCGCAAUCCUCUAGCGCACUUGAGCCAUGCCAGCAGUCGGAUCAAUCGCUGCCUGCCAAUGCUAUUGCAUCCAUGUCUUGCCUUCCUAGCGCCACCGCAUCCACCACGUCCAGCACGUCCAGCUCGUCGUCCGAACAGCGGCCGCUUUCGUUGCAUGUCACUUCGCCUCUUUCCAACGCACUCCCCCCUCCCGCAUCAUCCAAUGCCUCGCCCAAAACCACUUCCACUUCCAUUUCCACUUCUUCUUCUUCUUCUUCAUACGCUUGGAAUAAACGGACAGGUGGAACGGGCCUGGUCGGGGCGGCCAAAGCGCGCGGAUGGUUGCGCUCCUACCAUCAUCCGUCGGCUUCGAGCGCGUCCAACUCUGACGCGGUCGAUAGCAACGCAAGCAGCAGCAGCGCCCCGCCCAGCCCGUCUCACGCGUCCGGCGAACAAGCCGUUAGUUCGGCCGCUAGCGCUUUGUCCGGCAGCACGACGGGUAACCAUAGUAACAGUAGUAGCACGAGCCAGACGAUGGCGACGUCCACGACCAGCACGAGUGGCGCCGUCAGCACGUCCAGCGCCUCAUCUGCAUGCAUUACGCAAUCGUUCGCCGCCAGCCUGAACGCCGCGCUGGCGUCGGGACCUCUGAUGCCCGGCACCAUCGGCCAUCAUUCGCAAUCGUACGAUUCAUCGUCUACUUCUUCUUCUUCUUCUCCUCCUCCUCCUCCUCCCGCUCCACCUUCCUCUUCCUCUUCGUCCAACACCAUGACCACCACCACCACCACCACCUUCCCAAUUGCAGCAACAGCAACAGCAACAGCAGCCGGAUCGGGCAGCAACCGGCCCAAUAGCUUACCGGCUGGAAUGGCGCCCGGACACGGCCUCCUUUCGGCCCUGGUGGGGCAUUCCUCGUCGGCCGGUACGCCGCCGACGCAACUGCGCCAGACGACGACGACGCAGAUGAUGUUCAAUAGCAGCAGCAGCAGCUCCUCGUCGGCGUCUCCGGCAGCUUCGGCCGUGACGGCGACAGCAUCGACGACGACCACAACGACGUCGUCCAGUUCGGCCCCCACGUCGGUCGGCGGCCCAUCGACGACCUCUGCCGCAGCGACCAUGUCCAUGUCUUCCGCUUAUUCACAAGUCGUCACGUCAAUAGCUCAACGCAACAGUCAAGCGCAGCAUCUCCAAGGUUCCGGUUCGCCAUCUGUCAUGUCCAAGUUGCCUGGAAGGGCGGCAACGUUGCCGUUAAUCACGGUGGCAACGGCGUCGCCAACGACGACAACGACGUCGGCCAACUCGGCGUCGGGUGUCACGACGGUGACGACUUCAACGACCAUCACGGUCGGAUCGCAUCCGGCCAAUCGAUCUCCGGUCAACGCCAUGACCGUUCAGCUGGCGGCCGUCACGUCGUCGUCGGCCGAAGCGUCGCAAUCGGCCGGCCAUCACUCGGUGCAAGCCCUGAUGACGGACCUUCCAGAACCUCCAAUUGGCGUCACGGAGAUCGGACCUAUUCCUCCGCCGCCAAUGUUUUCAUCCCCAAGUCCUGUCCUACCUCCUCGUGGAGCUCAUUCGGCUCCUCCGCCCACCCACGGCAUCCACCUGGCUCAUCUAGCACCACCCGCUGUGGCUUCUUCUUCGCCCAACCUUUUGACCAACGUCGGACACGAUCUCUCCGACCUCCAGGAUGACGACGUUCCAGAAGAGAGCGUCGACGAUAGUGAUAGUGAACGAGGCGUACCGCCAGCAGCAAAUUGGGUGAGAGCACAGGGACCUAAAGAGCCGUCGCUUCACGCCAAGCCACUGAAAUCGGCGCUGAAGAAGCCGUCGGGUUCGGGAUCGUCGGUCAGUAAUUCACCGUCGACGCCAUCAACGCCGACGAGCGGCACUCCGACGCAGGACUCGUCUCCGCACGGAGGUCGAGGUGUCGCCUGGCAACAAGAUCAACCCCCGCCACCUCCGCCGCCAGCCAGGCGGCUCUCACUAAGGCAGAGGAUACGGUUCAGCACGCGACCGCUACGAUUCGGCAUCAGCCUGGGUGGUGGCAGCAGCAGCCAUAGCAACAGUAAUAGCACGACAAACAACGGUGCGGCUUCUAAUGGCGGUUCAGCUCACGACCACAAUCACAAUAUGCAGCUCAAGUCGGACAACAAUAACCGAGAACUGUCGGCGGCCGCUGGCCACGCGGUCAGCCAUCACCAUCAUAACCCGCCAGCCUCGCAUCACCAUCACCAUCCGCCACCUCCCCCACCACCGGCCAAAGGCCAGAGGCCGACUUACCUGCCCGUAGCGGUGACGGCGCCCGUUCAAUGCGACUACGAUUCAGAUGAGUCGGACGGACCGAUCCUCUAUCGCGACGACGACGAAGAGAACAUGUCAGAAGAAGCCAAGCUGAAUGCGCGGAUAGCCCGGAAGGACAGUCUGGCGCUCAAGUUGGCCAUGAGACCCGAUCGCCAGGAGUUGAUCGAGAGAGGCAUCUUGCACGCACAAACCGAGAGGGAGCGACACAUGCAGCGUGAGACUAUCGGCGCCCGUCUGACUAGGCGACUGAGUCUUCGACCCACGCAAGAGGAACUGGAAGAGCGCAACAUCCUUAAAAGAACCAGUCCGGCCGAGGAGAAGAAAGAAAGGGAAGAGAAGAAGAUGACCCUGUUUCGUAAACUCAGUUUCAGGCCAACGGUCGAAGAACUCAAAGCUAGAAAGAUCAUACGCUUCAAUGACUACGUCGAAGUGGCCGACGCUCAGGAUUAUGACCGUAGAGCCGAUCGGCCAUGGACACGGCUUACACCCCAGGAGAAGGCCGCAAUUCGCAAGGAGCUCAAUGACUUCAAGAGCACCGAGAUGAUGGUUCAUGUUGAUAGUCUUUACAUGAUAAGAUUCCACAAAUGAGUUGUCCGAUCCUCCUGACGAACUCUGUGAUACUUGCAAAUAAGACUGGACGAAAUGGGAGAAAUAUUAAUGCCGUGUUUGUUUGUGUGCCUGUGUAUGUGUGUGUGUGUGAGAGGUAGAGAGUGAUUGUGAACGUUGCGUACGCUUCUAUUUAGGCCGUGGAGGGCGGGGGGGGGGGAGGAGUAUGUCCGAUUGUUUCGCCUAUUUCUUUUUUGCUCCCCUUCAUUUCUAGCAACAAAAUUGACCGUCAUGUUUUUUUUUUUUGAGCACGCGGAAGAUGCUCGUUUUUUUUUUUUUUUUUGUUGACCUACAAAGAAUGUUUUGAUGGAAUUUUGCUCGCGCACGGCUACUACAAAAUGACAUGAUAUCGAAGUGCCUGGGAUUCUUCAACAAAACCGGAUGCAUAUUUACUUUGCUUAUCGUACGUUGGAAUUGAGAAAACAUAACGGCGGUGUGUAAGCCACGUCUGAUGAUCCUCUUUGAUUAUUUUGUCUUUUUUUUUUUUUUUUUUUUGGCAAAUGUUUUCAAUUCUUCAUUUUUGUGUUUUUUUUUUUUUUUUUUUCCCUUUCCUUUCGUGAAGGCCAGCUGUUUUCUCGUGGCUUUUAAUUUCGCCCGUCUUCCCAUGGAAAACGGGGUGACGUAAUGUUAAAAGCACGCGAAAACGCACACGCCAUUUUCCAUUCCAUUAUGAGAUAUUUUUCGUUUUAUUUUUUUUUUUUUUUCGUUGUUGCUGCUGCUGUUGCUGCUGCCACACCCUUUUUGCUAUUACUUUACACUUUCCCUUGUAUUUCUGUCUUUCUCCUAGCGUUGGAACAAACAAACAAAAAAAAAUAAUAAUAAUUCAGUUCGCCGAAAACUAGAAAACAAAAAAGAGAACAAAAUUUAGAAAACUCGGGUUUUGAGAUCAACGAGUGUUCCCUGCCCCUUGUCCCAUCCUCCUGAUCUAUAUUAAAGAGAUAUAUAUUUGCGAUUGUAUUGGGGAAAUGCAGGAAAAUGAAAACCUGAAUUCACUUUCGAUUUUGAUUAGAUUUUCCUCUUCCUUUUUUUUUUCAAAUAAUUUUUUUUUUUUUUUACAAAUGAUUGUACAGACGUUUGUUUCGCUCCGAAUGACCGCAAUCAUUGUACAAAGUCGUAGUCUAUUUCUCCCGUUCCCUAUUGAUUCCCUCCUCCUUUAUUCAUCCUACUAAAAUUUCUCUGCAGUCGUGAACGAAUGAACCCAUCCAUCCCAAACUUUGAAAACAAAAUGGAUAAACCCGCAUAGUAUUAUGUUUAGCCUGUUCCUUUUCAUCGAGUUGCCCCAGUCCCGCGAUAUAAUUUUUGUUUUGGCUCGCCACUAUUCUUGAUUCCCUUUCUAUACAAAAUAAUAAUAAUAAUAAUAAUGCUCUUGCUGGCUUUGUUGUUCCGCUCGUGUAGAUGUGUUCAAGUGACUCACCCAAGUUUCUACUACAUGUCGGUCGCCAGCCCAAUCAACAGUACCCCCGAUCCCCAUCACGCCCGUUUACGGCGCGAAAAUUGAAUCGUGUUCUUUUUUAAUAAUUUUUUUUUUAAUACGAAAGAAGAAAAAAUUGAAAUACAAUAAUUAUCGAUUGA